AUGCAUCGGCUGCUUAUGUUGGUGCUCGCCACCUCUAUGCCAUAUCUACCCCUCUCUUUAGCUUUACUGUCCGAAUUCGAUAACCCUUCCACAGAGUUCCGCCCAAAGUUCCGAUACUGGCUCCCUGAUGCCUCAGUUCCUCGUCAGUCUGCCAUUGACGAUGUCAACCAUCUUGCUGAAGUUGGAGCUGGAGGCCUCGAGUUCCUCCCGUUCUACAACUACGAUUUGGGCCCGGCAUUGACUGACUGGUCAAUUUACGGAUUCGGCACAGAAGCUUUCACAGGGGUACUGGCGGCGGCUUUGAAUGCAACUGCAGUCCAUGGUCUGAAACUUGAUCUAACCCUUGGUGCUAAUCAAGGUGCCGGUAUUCCCUCUGUGGUCGAGACCGUGGGCCUCGCCAAGGAGCUCGUGUAUGGGAAUAUUACGGUUACGUCGGGGAAGCUCUCCUCAGGGUCAGUGCCAACGCCUGACGUACAGUACAACAUGCUCACCGGCUUCAUGAAUACACCAGAGCCGUGGGGCGCCAACAACCUUGUGGCGGUCGUGGCCGGGAAGAUCGUCACCGAAGUCCACUUAGCGGAAUACUUCUACAUGUCUAUUCUCGAGGAGGAUACGUUGGUUGACCUGACCAACGUCACCAAUCAGGGCACGCUCUCGUGGAUUCCCUCGGAAGGAGAUUGGACCUGGAUCGUUUUCGGUAUCUACGAGCGUUACACAAACCAGAGAAGCUGUGUCUCCAUCCCGCAUGCUACGACGGCCCUGGACUUCUGGGACCAACACAUCCUAUCAGAUGAUAAGGUAGCUUCCCUCGUCAAGGAGGCUGGCGAAUACGACAGUAUGGAGAUGCAGGCUGCUUUGCCGUGGACCGAUGAUCUAGCCUCUCGUUUUGAGUCCUUGAAUGGUUACAGCAUCACCAAGUACCUCCCCAUUCUCUUUCAUGCCACAAACGCAUGGGGUGGGUACCUGCCGCCGUACAAUGUCACUUACACUCUGGGCGAAUACGCUACUGAUGGCGGGCCUUACGUGCAAGACUACAAGUCUGCCCUUGGUCAGGGCUAUCUGGAGUAUUUGGAGCACUACAACACCUGGGCCUCGACCAAAGGCUUGAAGCUCUCCACGCAGCCCGCAUACAAUAUGCCUGUCGAUAUGAUUCAAGCAGUAGCUCAUGUCCAAGUCCAAGAAUUGGAGUCUUUGGGUUUCUCCGAAAGCAUCAACGAGUACCGUCAAUUCACCGGAGCAGCUCAUCUAGCUGGCCGCAACGUCAUCUCAACUGAGCUCGGAGCAGUUCUUGGAAGUACCUACAAGCAGACCAUCCCCAAUCUAAAAGCCCUCCUUGAUGGUUCAUUCGCUGCCGGUGUCAACAACGUCGUUCUACAUGGCUACGCAUAUAGUGGGCCGUACCCUGGGACAACAUGGCCGGGCUACACUCCCUUCCAGUACGAACAUUCGGAUAUGUGGGGUCCUCGACAGCCGGCUUGGAGACAUUUCAACGACCUCAUGAUAUAUUCUGCAAGGAAUUCAAUGAUCAUGCGGCGAGGCGUUCCAAAAGUUGAUCUUGCUUUCUAUUACUUUGAGGUUCCAUUCAAGUUUGGCGUUAGUGUGUACAACAAGAGCGAUCUGAAUGAAUUUGGAUACACGUUUGAGUAUCUGGGCCCCAGUAACCUCGUGUCUGACCACGCCAAAGUUGUCGAUGGAGUUCUUGCGCCAGAGGGACCCGGAUACACAGCCUUGAUAAUUUACAGCCAGUCACAAAUCACGCCAAAUGCAUCUUCGGCACUUGUCGGCUUCGCUCAAAGUGGUCUGCCGAUCUACAUCGUAGGAACUCUUCCGAAUGUCACCAUCGGGUUCAACGGUCAGGAAGAAGUAUCGUCCAGCAUGGACGAAGUCCUGACCUACGAUUCUGUUCGUUUUGUUAGCAUGGAGGCAUUUUCUCCGUCUCUGCUCAUUGCCGACGGCGUUCUGCCGCGUGCCAAUACACAUGGAAACUCUAAUGCGUCCAAUCUCUACACGUUUUGGACAUCAGACACCUCAUCCCAGAGCGAUUACGUCUAUCUAUACAACACCGGCGAAGAUGGCACUUUUGACAUCUCGCUUUCCGCGCGCCCAAAUACAGCCCCAUCCAUUCUCGACGCUUGGACUGGAAAGAGAGCCGCUCUGGCUGUGUACCGGAGCACCUCUACAGGCAUCGCGACGAGGGUCGGGCUGAAAGCACGCCAAACGCUCAUACUUGAACUCUCGGUAUCCAAUGAAAACAACCCCUUCGUCAUUGAAUACUCACCAAACGUCGAAUCGAUCCACAGUUUGUCGUCGAAAAACCUUGACAUAUGGCUCCAUGGAUCUGACGAGGCAUGGCUGAAAUUGAGUAACGGAACCCAGAUUACUCUCCCUCCUGCGGCCAGCCCAUCUCAAGCUGUCGUUAGUCUGAGCCCUUGGCAUCUUAUCGUGGACUCAUACGGCCCUUCCACCGACAAUGACACCUUGGAAGGCGAAGUUACUACUAUUGAUGUUGGUCAGUUGGACAGUCUGAGGCUUUGGACAAACAUCUCCGGCAUUGAGCACCUUAGCGGGGUCGGCACAUACUCCACCAGUUUUGAAUGGGUUUUCGACGACCAGGCAGCCGUGACCAUCAACUUUGGAACCGUAUUGAAUACCUUGAGAGCUUGGGUCAAUGGGAAGCAGCUUGCGCCGGUUGACCCGACAGACCCCGUUGCUGAUAUUUCGCCUUUCAUCAUUACAGGCAACAACACACUGAGAGAUGAAGUGACAACAACCCUGUUCAACUCAGUCAAAGCAAACGUAGACCAAGUCUUUAGCAUCGGCUUUGGUCCGCAAACACCAACGUACUACACUGAGGCGGCUUGGGAGAAGUUUGGUCUCAUAGAACCUGUAGAGUUUCGGUCUUUCAGGACCUUGACUGUUCCAUUGAAAUAA